UUUCUCGUGUUAUUGUACCAGAUGCGGUUUGUCAUAAUCAGUCACAUAUUUCUGAUGAAAUUGCUUACAAGCCUGAGAACAUAAAUGGCUGAAUGAGUCGAAUCAUGAUCAAAAACUGGAUUCAGUUUUGGUAGAUGCUGAUUCUUCUAAUGAUCCAUUAUUCUCUAAUGAGACUCCUAAUUUGAGGGAUAUAUUUCAGAAAAAUCAAAUUCUGAUAUCAUAACAAAUGUUAUUCGUCGUCACAAUGGAUCUAUCUCUAGAAAUAUUCCUAAUGAAUGUGACAAAUGUGUUCCGAAUGAGUCUAAUUCUUGUCACAUUUGUGAUGUUAUUGUAUCAGUUGUUGAAUAUUCUCACGAACAAUGUAUGUUGAGUAGAGUACCUAGUCAGUGGUAUGAUGAGUCAGAAGGAAUAGCAAGUUUUCCCGAAGCAUUCGGAGAACCAGUUUGCCCAGAUAUAGGGUUUGUACAUGCUGAGAAUCCGAAUAAAGUCCAAGAUUAUCCUAAUGAGUAUGAGGCAGAUACGUGUUUUCCAUUCGAUUGUUUCUCAGGUGAAUCAAGCCUAGAUGAAUCACAUGUGUCAAUUGCACAUAUCAAUGCAUAUCUAUCUGUGUAUUGUAAUAUAAAUAACAAAAAAAUGUAUCAUAAUUUUUAUGCAAGUCAGAGUCACAUGAUGGAAUGCCUCAAAUUACUUGUCAGUGUGUAUCCCCAAAUACUCACAUAUAAUAAUCGAAGUGUGAGAUGUAAGAUAAUGCAAAUUAAGAACGUCAAAUUGGUUAUAACGUUGCGACGUAAGGAUCCAACAUUAGUUCGUGGAGGAGGAUAGUGCUGGAAAUUCUAUGAUGCAAAUUCUAGACAUCAGUGGUUUCACUACACGACCGACAUGAUGAUUGUAUGCAAUUCCAGAAAUCAGGUGAGUCUGUCCCAAUUUCGGUUGUCAAUUCUAAUAUUAAUGAACGCAUUCUAGAUAAUAAAGAGUCUAUAUCCAAUACACUGUCGAACAGAUUUAAGAUGAACUUCAGAAGAAGACGUACAAUCGAUUACAGACUCUUGCACUCCGAUUUGAGCUGUGGAGGAUGUGAUGUUUGAAUGAAUCAAUCAUUUCUUUGUAUUGAUGACUGUUUU